UUAUCAUAUAUAUCGUAGAUUUCUGGCACGGCUGCAAGCGGUUUCUUACAGAGGAUUAUCGCUUGCACAACACCCUUCACCGUGACCCUUCACCGUGCGACCCACGAAUGCUGUGCCACUCCAAGCUGCAAUGCCAACCAGGUGUAGGCAGCAAUGUAACGCGGCGGCUUGCGAUCGUCGUGCCUCUGGCGCAGCGCAAGCAGGGCGCACUCGCGGCGACCACGAAACCCGCGAAGUCGCGGCAGAAAGACAACCCCUUCACCAUCGGCCUGGUCACGGUACUCACCGAGGCACUCCGAGUUCUGGGAGUUGGCAAGGAGCGCUAUGUGGAGGUGGCGGCGGCGCCCUCGCGCGCUGCGCCGGUGCGGCGCGGCGACGUGGCGGGGCUCAUGCGGCGCCUGACCGCGGACUUCAAGCAGGCCUACUUUGUGACGGGGGUGUUGGAUGACUCCAUCUACGAACCCGACUGCUACUUCGCUGACCCCACCGUGGCCUUCCGGGGCACGGACCUGUGGAAGCGCAACCUGGCGCUCCUGACGCCCUUCCUAGAGGCCCCCAACGUGCAGCUGUACGGCAUGCGGCAGCUGGGGCGGGACGAAGACGGCGCCGAGGUGGUGCGGGCGGAAUGGCGGCUCACCACCAUCCUCAAGCUGCCCUGGCGGCCGCUGAUUGACCUGGACGGGGCGACCGAAUACACAUUGAACGAGGAGAGCAAUCGCAUCGUGCGGCAUGUGGAGUUCUGGAGCAUCAGCGGCACCGAGGCGGUCCUGCAGAUGUUCCGGCCGUCCGGGACCAAGGCGGCAUGAGCCGCAGCAAGGCACAGGCGAGCGUGCUUUGGAGGGCGCGGGCGGGUUGUUGACGCGGGGGCGGAAAUC